AACGUUGAAUCGAGGAAUCAUUCCAUCUAACGAUCUCAUAAUGUCAAAAGUCGUGGUACCAAGAAAAUCGAAUCGCUGAGAGAAUAAAAAUACUGAAGAAGAAAGGAAGAGAGAAUGAGCAACAACGCAGGGAAAGUGGUGUGCGUCACUGGUGCUUCUGGCUACAUUGCUUCAUGGCUCGUCAAGCUUCUUCUUCUUCGCGGUUACACUGUCAAGGCCACUGUUCGCGAUAUCAAUGAUCCCAAGAAGUUAGACCAUUUGCUUGAACUUGAAGGAGCAAAGGAGAGAUUGCAGCUUUGUAAAGCAAAUCUUUUGGAAGAAGGUUCCUUUGACUCUGCUGUUGAGGGCUGUGAGGGUGUCUUUCAUACUGCCUCUCCUUGUAUUUUCAAUGUCAAAGAUCCACAGAUUGAACUCAUUGACCCAGCAGUGAAGGGAACUCUUAACAUUCUUAAAUCAUGUGCAAAAUCGCCAUCUUUGAAACGAGUAAUUCUAACAUCUUCUAUGGCUGCAGUUUUAUAUAAUGGAAAGCCCAUAACUCCUGACGUUGUAGUUGAUGAGACAUGGUUUUCGAAGGCAGAUUUUUGUAAAGAAUCCGAGCUCUGGUCCUCAUAUGAGCUUUCCAAGACUUUGGCUGAAGAUGCUGCCUGGAAAUUUGUAAGAGAAAACAAUAUUGACAUGGUUGUUAUCAACCCAGGAGUAGUUCUGGGGCCACUUUUGCAGCCAUCAUUAAACCAAACUUCUGCUACAAUUUUGACUCUAAUAAAUGGUGAACAAAUGCUUUUGAAUCCUUGUGUAGGAUGGAUCCAUGUGAAAGAUGUUGCAAAUGCUCAUAUUCAAGCAUUUGACAUUUCUUCAGCUAGCGGAAGAUAUUGUUUGGUUGAGAGAGUCGCUCACUUUUCAGACAUUGUGAAGAUCACUCAAGAGAUAUUCCCAACAUUACCACUUCCAGAAAAGUUUGUUGAGGAUGAAUCAUUGGUGCCACAGUUUCAGGUCUCCAAAGAAAAAGCAAUGACUUUGGGAAUUGAAUUUAUUCCAUUGGACGUGGCUGUUAAGGAGACUGUAGAAAGCUUGAAAGAGAAGAAGUUUCUGAACUUGUAAAUCAUGAUCUCUCCUAUAAACAUGAAUAACCGUUACCUUUUUAUAAGUUUGUGCAUUUGGUUUUAUUUUAUAAACUACAUAUCCUUUGUAAUAAGUUAAACUAUGCUAUGCUUGAGAAUACAUAAUUGUUAUACAA